GUUACCUCUAUAACCACAAUAACCUUUUAAUCUUCAGCUCUAUAGGAGUAGAAGAAAUCAAGAAACCAUUUGCUCAUACUCAAAAAGUUGAUCUUGAAUCAAGACUUACAAUGCCGCCUGAGAAGGUUGAGAUCUUCAAAUCCAUGGAGGGUUGGGCUAGAGACAACAUUUUAUCCCUAUUAAAACCACCCCAGAAAUCAUGGCAACCACAGGAUUUCCUGCCGGAUGCUGCCUCAGAUGGAUUCAUGGAGCAAAUCAGCGAGUUGAGGGAGAGAGCAAGCCAAAUUCCCGAUGACUAUUUCGUGGUCUUGGUAGGCGAUAUGAUCACAGAAGAGGCCCUGCCAAGUUACCAAACACGUCUAAGUAGUUGUGAUAUAUUUAAGGAUGAAACAGGUAUAGAUAACACACCUUGGGCAAUCUGGACUAGGGCAUGGAGUGCUGAAGAAAAUAGGCACGGAGAUCUUCUCAAUAAAUACCUCUAUCUUUCAGGACGAGUAGACAUGAAACAAAUUGAAACCACAAUUCAGCACCUAAUUGGGUCCGGAAUGGAUGUUGGAGUGGGAACAAAUCCCUAUCUGGCUAUCACCUACACAUCAUUUCAAGAGAGAGCAACAUUUGUUUCCCAUGGCAACACAGCCAAGCUAGCAAUGAAGUACGGAGACACAAAGCUAGCUCAAAUAUGUGGCACAAUUGCCUCAGAUGAGAAGCGCCACGAAACUGCUUAUACCAAGAUCAUAGGGAAGCUUUUCGAGCUCGAUCCUAAUGAAACUGUGAUGGCAUUUUCUUAUAUGAUGAGAAAGUCAAUCUCAAUGCCAGCACACUUGAUGAGCGAUGGAUGUGAUGAGAAUCUAUUUCUGCACUUCACAAGCAUGGCUUCGCGAACUGGUGUCUACACAGCUAUGGAUUAUAUUGACAUAUUGGAGCAUUUGAUAGCUAAAUGGAAUGUGGAGAAGCUGUUGGGAUUAUCAGAUGAGGGUAGAAGAGCUCAAGACUACGUUUGUGAGUUAGCCCCAAGGCUUAAAAGGCUAGCAGAGAGGGCUCAAGGGAAGGUUAAGGAAACACCAACCAUACCUUUCAGCUGGAUAUUUGGUAGAAAAGUAUAGAAAAGAGU